CUCCCAGUACCCGUUGCGCCGCGCCAGCAGACAGGCAAGACCCGACCCUGGGAAUAAAAAAACACGCAGCCCCGUCUGUUUGAAGAUUACUUUAUUGCAGCGAGGUAGGGCAGUUCAGUGAAUUUCUCCAUGAAUGUACGUCACAAUGAUGAUGACAGACCAGAUUCCACUGGACUUGGCUCCGCCCCCCCUCCUGAACGGGGAAGUCCCUCUCAUGCCUCACAUGGUUAACGGUGACGCAGCGCAGCAGGUGAUCCUGGUGCAGGUGAACCCGGGGGAGACGUUCACCAUCCGGGCGGAGGACGGCUCACUGCAAUGCAUCCAGGGUCCUGCUGAGGUCCCCAUGAUGUCCCCACAUGGGUCAAUCCCCCCCAUCCACGUCCCCCCAGGAUACAUCUCACAGGUUCUGGAGGAUAACACAGGCGUCCGCCGGGUGGUGGUGACCCCCCAGUCUCCAGAAUGCUACCCUCCCUCCUACUCUCCGGCCCUCUCCCCCACACACCACCUCCCCCCCUACCUGACUCACCCCCACUUCAUCCCCAACUCUCACUCUUUCUACCCCCCUGUCAGCCCCGGGGACCUGUCCCCCCACCAGUACUACCAGCACCACCUCCCCCCCAUGUACGGGGAUCAAGAAAUCAUCCCUGUUUAUGGGAUGUCUAACUACAUAGGUAGAGAGGAGACAUACAGUAAGCCACAGCCCAAAAAGAUAAAGGAGAGACAACUAGAGCGACAGAACCGACUCAACUCCCCUCCCUCCCCUCUCUAUAAGGGCUGCCUGGGGCCAGCACACAACGGAUACAGCAACAAAUCACACGCCCCCUCGCUUGGGUCAUUGGGGUCAGGGGGCGGACUCGGCAGUCCAGGAGGGAAGAAGCCAGAGAGACGACUCCGCAGCAGUCCAAGAAACAGUGAACCAGACACACACACACAAGAUCAUGAUUCAGAGGGGAAGCGAGUUCAAGACAUGCUGUCUGCAAUCGACAAACCACAGGUUUCUAAUGUGCAGGCUCGGGCUGCACGGCUGUGCUGGGCCCCCCCGGCAGGGCUGGGGAACAGGUUAAGUAACGGGAUGACUGUGUCCUGCUCCUUCGAGGUCUCUCUCUCAGAUAAGGGACGAGAUGGAAAGUUUCGCCUUAUAUACAGUGGCGAAGAAAUGGAGUACCACCUGAAAGACCUAAGACCAGCGUCAGACUACCACGUACGGGUGUCGGCAAUGUACAACUUGGUUCGAGGCUCGUGUUCAGAGACCGGCUCGUUCACCACUCACUGCAGCAUCCCCGAUGUCCCGCUGAGCCCGAAACUCUCCCACCGCACAAAGAGCACCCUCACUCUACAGUGGAAGCCCCCGGGCGACAACGGAGCCAAAAUUACAAACUACCUGCUCGAGUGGGACGAGGGAAAGAAGAACAGUGUUUUCAGAGAAUGUUACUUUGGGAGCCAGAGACACUAUAAGGUUUCACGACUGUUUCCCGCCUGCGGCUACACGUUCAGAGUGGCUGCACGCAACGACAUUGGCACAAGUGGUUUCAGCACAGAGGUGGUGUUCUACACCAUGGGCACCCUGCCUGCUCUGCCUCUGGCACCGCGGCUGGUCAGGGCGGGGGUGUCCUGGGUGACCCUGGAGUGGGGGCGUCCUGAGGGCAGUCCGAGCGAGGAGCAACUCAAAUACACACUCGAGAUCCAGGAGGACAACAGCGGAACAGACUUUCAUCCUAAGUACACUGGAGACAACUUGACCUGUACUGUACAAGGACUGAAGAGGAGUACACAGUAUAAAUUCAGGCUCAUAGCAUCAAACAUGGAGGGAAAGAGCAGUCCCAGUGAAGUGUUGGUGUGCACCACCAAUCCAGACAAACCAGGCCCUCCAUCUACCCCCUGUGUCACCGCAGAAACCCCCUACGGAUUCACCAUCACAUGGGAUCCUCCCCAGGACACCGGGGGCUCAGAGGCUCUAACAUACCUGCUAGAGAUCUCCGAGGGAUGCUCUGAAGCAAGCCAGUGGGAUGUAGCCUACAGUGGUCCAGCAACACAAUGUGUGUGUGAGCGCCUGACACCUGGGACCUACUACCGCCUACGUGUGUGUAGCAUCACCACCGGAGGACACAGCCCGUGUACUGUUAGUGUUCCGGUCCGUACAUUAAGCGUCCCGCCAGGACCUUGCCAACCACCAAGGAUUGUGGGCAAAGCCAAACACAAGGAAGUGCAGUUAGAAUGGGAAUCCCCUGUCACUGAGGGAGUGUGUGAGGAGUGUGUGUUCAGUCUGGAGAUGAGCGAGGGGGACGCCAAGCCAGCAGAGGUCUACCAUGGGUCAGAGCUGCAAUGCACUGUGGGUAGUCUGCUGCCUGGUGCCACAUACAGCUUCCGACUGCGGGCUGCCAACGAAGCUGGGUUCGGAGUGUCCUCUGAGCCAACCGAGGUGACGACUGCAGCGGGCCCUCCUGGCCAGUGCGGGGCGCCGCUCAUCGCUCUCACCAGUAACACCUGCGUAACGCUCAACUGGGAGAGUCCUGAGGGUUCGGGUACAGACAUCUCUGAGUAUCGCUUGGAGUGGGCGAGGGAAGAGGAUCCCAUGGAGCUCAUCUACUGUGGAGCCGCCACUCAGUGUGAGCUGUCCGACCUGACGCCUGCCACAGACUUCUGCUGCAGGCUGCAGGCGGUGAAUCAGGCCGGAGCCGGUCCUUACAGCGAGCAGGUGAGUUUCCGGACCCCGGCAACAAAUCCCGACCCGGUCCCCUCCCUCGUCCUCCUGGACCUCCCCACCCCCUUGGAGUCGGGCCAUUCCCCGUCUACCUGCCUCCACCUGAAGUGGGACGAGCCAAACAGCAACGGGGCGGAGAUCAGCUCCUACGUCAUCACCCUGGACGACCAAACCAUCGCUGUGGAGUCAGGGACAAGUCACCUGGUCACAGACCUGCAGCCGGACAGCGAGUACAGUGUACAUAUCCAGGCAGUGAAUGCCAUUGGCUCCAGUCCCUUGAGUCCAACCCUGCUGGUGAGGACACGCCCCCUCCCUCCAGCCCCGCCCCCUCUCGAGUGCUCAGCCUCUGGCCCUCAGAGCCUGAAGCUGAAGUGGGGCGAGAACGCCAGCAACACACACACCCGCGCCCUGCUCGCCAACGACAUGCUCUACACACUACAGAUGGAGGACAAGAACCACAGGUUUGUGACGAUCUACCACGGCCCCAGCCACACCUACAAGAUGCAGCGAUUGACUGAGUCCAGCAGCCACAGCUUCAGAAUACAGGCCAGCAGUGAUGCGGGGGAUGGUUCUUUCUCCGACACACACACCUUCUGCACCACCAAGUCCGUGCCUCCUGCCCUCAAAGCUCCCAGAAUGCACCAGCUGGAGGGGAACACGUGUGAGAUCACAUGGGAGACCAUCCAACCAAUGAGAGGAGAUCCUGUGAGCUACGUGCUACAGGUGCUGGUGGGACGCGAGUCAGAAUACAAACAGGCUUUUAAGGGAGAGGAGGUGUUCCAGAUCUCUGGUCUCCAGGGCAACACAGACUAUCGUUUCCGUGUGGGCGCCUGCCGCCGUUGCCAGGAUACGUGCCAGGAACUGUGCGGACCCCUGAGCCCCUCCUUUUUCACGCUGCGUCGCCAGGAGACGGCGACUUCGGGAGAGCUGUGCCCCGUGGAAACGGGCAAAGGCGUGGGCCUGAUCUCCAGCGACGAGCGCUUCGCGGCGCUCAUCGUGUGCGUGUUCGCCGGCUUCUCCAUCCUCAUCGCCUGCUUGCUACAGUACUUCUUCAUGAAGUGAGGGAAUUUUAACUAUAGGAUAGAAAGAGAACGCAAAAUCACAGAGAAACUCUAAACAAAAGAAGCGAAUGAAAUCAAAAGAAACACUUGAUUUCUACUUCUAAGGCUAUGGUCUUUUUUUAGUCAAAUUAUCAAUUCUGGCUUUCCUCACCUUGUUCCUGUUGUCUUCAGCCUUCACUGAGUUUCUCAUUUCUCUCUACGUCUCUGGAGUCUUGUCUGUCUCAUUCGUUUCUGUCGAGGGAAGCCUUGUGUUAGCUGUACCUCGGAUGGGAAAGAAAACUGAUAAUCAAGCCUUAAAAUAGCUGUGAGCGAAGCAGUUGCUCCUCAGACUGACUUGCAUGUUUUUUAUUUUGUAACUUUUUAAAACAUAUUUGAUUAGAGAACGUGUAUAUUUCAUGACGGUCAUUGCCUUACUUUUUGUUUUUCAAUGUGUAAUUUGCUUCUUUUUUGUUUGUUUUUUGCUGCAGUCUUUUAUAAUUUCAGUCAUAUUCCAAUGUAGGCCUACAAAGCUUUAGCCGUUCAUACCUUAUUAUUCAGUUACUGCAGACUGUCAGUCAAUACAUGCAAUUCAUAUCUGCUCAGCUUUUAACAUUCAAUCAUCCAGCUACCAAAGUGAUGCAAAAAGUGUGGUGUAAGGUGCUGCUAUCCUGUGAUUUUAUUAUAUCUAAGAAAGAAUGGAAAACCAGUAAUCUAAUAUAUAUACACACAAUAUAUAAAUAUAUAUUAUAACAAAUAUCUAUGAUGUAAUAUAAGGUCUGAAGGACAGUGUGAAAGGGGAGGAUUCGACCCUAGGUGCUCACAAACAGCUGCUCUGAGGUCAGUUCAGCGGCUGGGAGGAGCCCUUAAAUGCAGGUCUCGGAUCAGAAAAUGCACCCUGGUAGGUAUUCGAUUGCUGGGCACAAACUGGCUCUAGCGUUAAGGAAGCCGGGCUGGGAUUGUGAUUGGUUAACUCAACAGGACAUGAGCUGAUCUCAGUCCUUCCUUAUUCUACCAUCUCAACUACUACCAGAGCUCCAGCCUUUUAAUCUGUAGCUAAUGAGCCCGUCGGACCCAAAGGUGCCAACGCUUCUCAGAGCUCUGUGUGUUAACCAGGAGAGCCAUUAGCUUGAGCUUUAUCCCCCCCACCCUGAAAUCUACCAGAGCAGUGCUGAAGCUGUAGCUUCUCCUUCCAGCUAGCCUGUGAAUCAAUACAUUUGAAGACUCUUCCUCCUCUUUUAUCCUCUCCUGCUCAUAAUUAUAUGUAAUGACUUUUUUUUCUCUGGCUGCUCUUUUUCUCUAGCCUUCGAUCCAUCCUUUUCUUUCUGCCGUCUCUCCCUCUUUCUGUUCUCCCUCCCCCUCCCUCUGUUCUUUCUCUAUAUAACGGUGCUUUAUUGACAUGUAAUCAGAGCAGUAGCAAGUCUGCGGCCUCUCCUCAGACGGACAUGUUCUCUGGGGAUUUGAACUAAUGUUCACUAACCAAACAAGCCUUUGACAGAACACAACUCAACAGUGCAGGGCCUUCUGACACACACAACACCCCCUGACCUCCCGCCUGACACCCUUUAUCCCAUCCCGAAAAACAAAGCCAAGGUACAGCCCAAUACAUACCCUGAUGAUCCAAAGAAGUCACCCUGACCUGCGUGAUUAAUGUGUGACAUGUCUAAUUCUGUCAGGUGGGGUGCAGGGGAAGAAGGACUGGGUGGGAGGUGGUUAUGAAACAGUGGGGGGGUUGCGGCCAGCUCUGAUUGGCAGCCUGUAACGUACCUCAGGGAUAAGGCCUUACAGAGGGUUGAUCUAAUCCUGUCACCCCCAUCGCUGUCAUCAUUUUAGCUUCUCUUCCUCCGUUUUCUUUCUUUCAUUUUUAUUUGAUGCUGUAUCUUGUUCUCUGUCAAUGCUGUGCCUUGCUCCUGUAUGUGUCAGUAAGCAGUGGUUUACUAGCUCAAAAAUACCUUUGCCAAAGUUGAUGGGAAAGUUAAGGUAGAGUUCUUUUCUAGGUUUUAUUUAUACUAUAUAUUUGCAUACAGUACUUUACAUGCCAAUUACAGUGCAAUCUUCAUUUAUUUAUUGUUUAAAGAUUAAGAGACAAGUAGUUAUAUACUAAAUUUUUUCCUUGUAGCAUGGUUUUUUUUCUUUUUCUUUUUUUAAUGGAUGUUGUUAGAUCGUAUGAUUAAGGCCAGCAUUCCUUAUCUCAGUAACCCUUUAAGUAUUUCUCUUACAGCUGUUGGGAACCUGUAGCUCAUCAGUCCAUGCAUUGCAGUUAUCAUUGCCGUUUCAAACAUGUAACCAAAUGCCUUUGUAAUUUCUUUUCAUCUCCUGUUUUGGCCGUGCACAGCCGAGCAGUUCUUGUAUUGCUUAGAGAGACAUGUAGCAAAGCAAGGCCUUAGGGUCACGAGUCAUCUGCAUUGGGAUAAACGUCGCUGCCUUUGGCUUUUUCUUUUCCUGAUUAGUGUUAUAAUGAAGCUUCUGAUAUAUUUUUACUGUUUUAUUGCCAAAGUGCAGGCUUCUCGUGUCCACUAGAUGUUGCGUUUGCAGUCGUCUAAAGGGUUCUGUGAUGUUCCUCUGUGACGACACAGCAUUACGAUUAUUAUUAUUAUUGUUAUUAUUAUUCUCUCAAAAGGAAAAAAAAACAUUAACUUGAUCUGUGAUUUGCUUCUUUUCAUAUUAUCUUUUAUUAUUUGUUUUGUAAAGCAAAAUGUGCCAUUAUGAAAUGUGUAGCCCCCUUUCGAAUGAGAGUUUUUAACAACCUGAUUUCACACUGAAAGGUAAAAAAAAAAAAAAAAAAAGGCAAAAACAAUCAUUUGAUGAUUUCAGGCAGAUGAUGACAAUAAUAAUAUUGACGAUUCCUUGUUCAGGCUAGUGCUGGUAUAGCAGUAGUUAGUAUUUUGUAUCCAGUAUUUUGCUAAGAGAUGAUAUACAGAGGUAUCUAUAGAGCUAUAGAAUGAAAUGGUAAUACAUUAUAACUAACAGAGUUCAAGCACUUUUUUAUGCCGAGCAUUAGUCUUGAUGAGGUUAAUAAGAGCGAGAGGAGACACCAAUUCUCUGUACUAAACACUACUGCCAACGCCGUCUGUUACAUUCAUUGGCAUUAUUCUGUCGUUGGCGUCACUGUGACAUUGGCAUUACUGGAGCACGGUUCUGUGCUUCUCAAAUGGCGCCUCGCUACCUGCAGAAUGCAAACUACGGCAACAAAGGAAGUACAGUUUGUAGGGAGUACGGUUGCUUUCCCAGACGUGCUAAUGGCGUGUCUACCUGUUGCAUUGUAGUCGACAGGUGAUAUGUGAGCUCUCCUGUCUUUAAACCCCUGAUGUUAUGUUGCCCACCCACAGCCCCUUUAUUCCCCUUUACAAGCCUUAAUGCCCCGGUGGGAGAGCAGAGGUGAUUGGCCGAGCUCAGGCCAGUCAUGUUAGUGUUGUAUAGUCCGAGGUUAACGCACUGUUAACUGAAAGGCUGUGUGUUUGUGGGCAGGGUACUCCCUUUAUGUGCUUUGUUGUUUUUGUUCUGUUAUUUUUAAAUGCUGGUGAUUUUAUAGAUACCCCGCCCCCCCCCAUCCUGCAUGUCCUGCACAUUUUGCAGGUAUGUCAAGAACGAGAGACUAUUUUUUUCGCCCAACAACCCCCACGUCUGUGGCCUUCUGGUCAGUUUUAUUUUUUCCAUUUUUAUUUUUUUUUUUUAUGUUUGUACGUUUUACAGUAAGUAGAGAAUUUGGACUGAGAAUUUGGCGAUUUGAAGAAACGUAGAGACUCACAGGUAUUUAACUAUUUUUUAAGCGAGACAAAAAAACAGAAACAUAUUUUUACCUCACGAUUUAAAAAAAACAAACAUUCCAAUGUUGUCAUGGUCUACGAAUUGAGAAAAAAAAGAAAUUCAUGCAUUUCUUCUUGUAUUGUAAAUGUUAGACAAUUUCAUAUGCAUUAUAUAAAAGAAACUGCCAUAUCAAUUUUAAUGUAUAGAUUUUUGCAAAUACUACCCUAUGUAUGUAAGACGUAACUGUAUCGGUAGCGUAUAUAUAAUAUAUUUAUGCCCAAUAAAUGUUUUGAUUUUUUUCUGAC